AUGCCUCUUCCAACAGCUGAACACCACCACAUCGUCUUCCUUCAGGGGUCGGUACUCCAGAUUCCCCAAUUCGAUCUCCCCGCGCCGUUCACCUAUUCGCAGACCGUCUACCCGUGGACAUCUUCGGCCGAAAUCCCCGAUCGCGUUCGUGACGCCUCCAUAAUAAUCCUAUCCGCAGCCCGAGUUGACGCCGCCGUACUGUCUCCCGAUGUGACCCCGCAUCUCAAGCUUAUUGUCAUGGUGGCUUCCGGUUUCGACUGUAUCGACCUUGAGGCCUGCAGGAAAAGAGGAAUUGUUGUCUGCAACUGCCCUAAUUCCAAUAUCGAGGCUGUAUCCGAGCACGCAAUUGGGAUGUACUUUGCUGCGCGACGAAAACUUCUAGACAUGCAUUUGUCAACAAGGGCAGGAAAGUGGAAAGAAAAGGGAUCGUUGAUGUUUGAGUAUCUGGACAAAGAUGGAACGCCUCCUUUGACUUGCCAGGAUGAAGUCGCCGGUAUCAUUGGAAACGGCAGCGUUGGGAAAAGGAUCGCCGCACUUGCGCGUAAUUUGGGCAUGAAGGUCUUGAUAUCAGACCGCAAGGCGUCUACAACAGCAGAUUCGUUUAGGGUCCCAUUUGACACGGUCAUCAGGCAGAGUACGGUGCUUUUCGUAGCCGUUCCCCUUAUGGAUUCUACCCGGAACUUCAUAUCAACGCCAGAGUUUGAGGCCAUGUCCUCCCAUGCUGUGAUAGUGAACGUUUCUCGGGGUGGUACUGUGGACGAAGAAGCUUUGGUCCACGCACUGCGCGAACGCAGAAUCUCUGGGGCAGCAACCGAUGUAUUCAAUGGCGAGCCUGCGGGUCCUGAUACUUCGCCAUUGCUAGCGGAGGAUGCUAAAGACCUUAAUAUCAUCGCCACCCCUCAUUUGGCUUGGCUAUCCCAGAGAACCUCAGUCAACUAUGGCUCAAAGCUGAAAAUAGCAGUUGAGGCUUGGGCUGCAGGACAGCCUGUCAAUGUCGUGUCAUAA